CACAGACGAUGAAAACAUGCUGGUGCAGAGAGGAGAUAAGGAACCGUUUCAGAGUUCCUCUUUUGGGACUGAGAGCACGCUGCUGUUUCCCAAGGUGCCAAGGAACGUAAACAGCUCUGCACCGCGUCUUAUCGCUGUCCAGCAGGCGCGCAGCCGCGUUGCGCCAUCGCAGUCGUAUCUGAAGAAAAAAGUAAGAAAAGAAGAAAAAAAAAAAGAAAACAAGCCUCUCUGCUGGCUGCCGCCUGUUUCUGACAGUUGCUCGUCCAGGGAUGCAGGUUGGACGGCAGAGAAUCCGAGUCUUUCAGACUAAAGGAUGACAUGUGAGCGACUCGUCCGGCUGCUGGCUCUUUACCUGACGCUCUGCGCCGCCGCAGCUGCUGCAGACGUUCAGGAUUUUAAACGAAAAGCUUCCAUUCUUCUAAAGGAAGAACCAAAGAACCCGAAAUGCUUUGCGGAGACCAAGAAGGACUUUGUGUGUUUCUGGGAGGAAGACGAGGAGCGRGCCGGCUCUGUGGAUCAGUACUCCUUCAGAUAUGCCUACCAAAAUGAGAACGGCAGCACGUGCGCGCUGCAGGUCCUGCGGUCAGCAGGUGGGAAGCGGCUCUUCGUGUGCCGUUUGGACCGGGUCCAGAUGUUCGCCCGACUGGACAUCCAAGUUUAUCGGGAGGGGAUCCAGAUCUACAACCGCAGCCUUCUCAUCGAGCUUCUGUUUCUGCUCGACCCUCCUAAGAAUGUGACAGUGAGCACCACAGGCCAUCAGGGCCAGCUGAACGUGAGCUGGGUGGCGCCGACUCUGAAGUACAUGGACGAUAGCAUGAUCUAUGAGGUUCUCUACGCUCCGGCAGACAGUCACGUAGGGCAGGUGGAGGCGAUACAAGCCUGCUCCGAGAUGAUUCUGAGGGGCCUUGAGACGGGUACAAAGUACAGGGUUCAGGUCCGGGUCAACCUGGAUGGCAUCACCUAUGACGGGUACUGGAGCGCCUGGAGUGACCCUGUGUUCACAGAGACUUUGCCUGCAGAACUUGACCCACUUAUUGUGUCCCUGACCAUCAUCAUCUCCUUCAUCCUUGUUCUGCUUUGUCUUACCAUGCUUCUGUCCCAUCACAGGUUCCUUAUCAAGAAACUUUGGCCAGCUAUUCCAACGCCUGACAGCAAGUUCCAAGAUCUGUUCACAGUUUAUGGUGGGGACUUCAAGGAGUGGUUAGGACAGACCAGUGGAAGCUUAUGGCUGACUUCCCCUUUCAUCCUCUCUGAAGAAUGCCCUUCUCCAUUGGAAGUACUCUCUGAACUCAACCUUUGUCCUCCGCUGUCCUCUCCACCUCUUCCACCAAAGGCCUCARAGGCUUUGGCCCUUGUCAGAAAUGAGGACAGGGUUUUGGGCAAAGGUCUUCUUGAUAGAGUGUCAGUGGACAGGGUUGAUGGCCUUCAAACAAAUGGAUGGAGGACCCCACUACACGACCACUGGCUGUUGGAUCGUCUAAGGGAGUUCCAACAGCACCCCGUCCCCAGGUCCCAGUGUUCUCUACUGGAAUCUCAAGACACCUACAUCACACUCAGCAGCAACAAACGCACUGAAGAAGAGCACACGGAGGACACUCUCGAGGAAGCGUUACCCCUUGGGGUGCUUUUUGCCUCCAGAAAGCCACCCAAAAGUGAGUCUCACUCUGACCUGGGCUCUGUGCAGCAAAGCUCUGGUUCUGGGAACCUUUCGUCUCAAUCCAGCUUUGAGUAUCCAAACAAUGUCUGGAUGGCCAAAGAUCCUGGAUACACCUACAUGGCAGUUGCAGACUCUGGGGUCUCCAUGGAUUACAGCCCUAUGAGUAGAGCUGAUGACAUUGGCAAAGUGGUUAUCUAUGCCAAUGACUACAAAAAUGAGAUUCCUCCUCAUAGAAGACCUUUCCUGGUAAGGCAGUACCCUGUCCAUGAUGAUGUCUGAGAGGAUACCAACUUGAAUCGGAGGACUGGAGAGCAGCAUUUGGAUAUUCACCGCAGGCUAAGGAUAGCCUCUCAUCAACUGUUAGGAAAAUAUUUGUGGUGUCUAAUAGACUCUUUGAGUCUGUUAGACACCAGCUAACAGACUCAAAGAGACACUUUGGAUAUUCUGUAAAGGACAUGACACUUCCAUUUGAAGCAAUAUCAACUGUGAUUCAUAGCAAAUAUUAAUACUCGACACUAUCCACCAAACCUUCCAGAUUAGAUUGGAAAAAAGUGUUUCCAGUGUUCUAUAUUUGAAAUAAUUAUGUUUUUGUUUAUCCUUCAGUGACAGGAUUGCUACAACACCUAAGGCAUGGUGAAAAGAAAGACUGCUCUAGAAGGUCUUUCUCUGGAAUUACUUUAUUGUGAACAAAUUUAUUAACAAAAGCAUAAACACGCUAUUAUUACCUCAGUUUUAUUCUGUCUAUAGUAGCCUAACCUAAAUCUAAAUCUGUAGGGUGCAGGCAUCAUUCUCUGACCCCCAAGUCCUUUUCUAGUUGUUUAACUGAUUGUUAAACAACUCUCAUAACCUUGAAGUGGUUAUGAGAGUCUGUAUCUGUAUACUUUUAUAAAUCUGUUUUAUACACUUGCAUUUUAUUAGGAAUUCAAAAGAUUGGAUUAAAUGCUAGCAUCAAUUUCUCUUAGCCAACAAUAUUAACUAGCUAAUAUGCUUACGCCGCCCACAAUGCUAAAGUUUGUUAGAUUAUGAUGUACCUUACAUACGAUGUUUAUCCAAUGUAUUAGCAUGCUAACAUUUUGUUAUUAGCACAGAACACAAACUGAGAUUAAGUCUCAGUUUGUGAAUUCAACUUUUUUUUUUUUUACCUUUUCACGUUAAGACAAAGGAACAACAUUGUCAUCAACAUCCAAACCUUCUUGGAAAGUUGGUGCUACAUGAAAAGGUGGUCAAAAUAUUCAUGAAUUAUACACGUGCAGGUUUUGACAUUAGAAAGGCAACAUAAAAAUGAAUGAUAAUUUAAAUUUAAUUGUAGCAGACCUACAUCACGACAUGGAUUUUGUAUAUUUUUGUACAUUUUCCUCUCAUUUUGUUUAAUCAGAAGGUCGUAGGUUCAUUUCCAGCUCCCUCCUGUCAUACGUUGAUGUGAUGUGCAGGCMAGGGGCAUAUUGCUUGCCAAUCUGGUAUCGGUGUAAAAAUGUGUUUGUGAGCCCAAAUGGAUUAACAUGGCUGUAGCGUAAAGCACUUUGAGUCGCGAGUAUGGUUGGAAAAAUGCUAUAGAAGUUCAGUUCACUUACCAUCAUACUGAUUUACCGACUACACCAAAAAUACAUAAUAUUUAUAUUGCUCACUGUCGGGUUAUUUCUAAAUCUAAAAUCUAGAAUAUUUGUGUGAAAUAUAAAAAUUUUUAAUAAUAGCACUGUUGUUUCAGAUAAAGAUUGUAUUUUUUAAUCAUUUAUCAAUAACAAGUAAAUUAAAGUAUAUUCAGUGGAAUUCUCAUUACUGUAGGCUAUGCAGCAUUGCUUUAAGAUAAUUAUAUUUAGGGAACUGUACUUGUUUAAUAAUUUCUUCUGUUGUACAUCUUUGGGCCAACACUGCCCCCUAGAGAACAGAACCUGGCAGACUAGAAUUUUCCAGUCUACUGCGGCUCUGAUUAACCUUUUAAUAAGCUUAUUUGCUUGCUGUGAAUGAUAAACUUGUUGCGGCUGUAAUUGUAAAUUGAAUUGUAUUACUGAA